GGUGGACAGUGGGCACUCCCCCUGUUAUCAGACACGACUCCACCUCUUGUGAUUGAUUGAUACAACCCUUGCCGGUGCCGGUUGUGGUCCUUCCGCUGCGAUCCCGAAUAGAAGCAGAAGGAAGGUCCUACAUUCUUACCGUUUUCCUGUAGUUGAGCUGGUAUCGCUGCCGCUUCCACCAUUCUUGCCCUCUGAAAAGGGGAGCCGACCAAUCUUGGAAACCCUAGCUGAUCUCACAGUACCAGUUUUGGUUAUGAAUUAAGUGAGAUGUAGUUGAAGAAGAAGGGGAAAAUGAGCCAUUGAACCAUUUGAAACAUUUUCCUCUCCCGUUUGUUGAGUUAUAUGACAACAUCUUGAAUGCAAAGCUGUGAAUUUUUACUUGUCCUUUAGUAUUGGAUAGCUUGAGUUGCAGAUCUAAAGCUGUAUCUUUUCCUAGGUAAACCAUUCUGUGGUGGUAUUGCUGCUGGAGAUGAAGAAGAACUCCACUGCUUCCUCUUCCACCAAAUCUGGCAUGUUUCCUAGCCCCGGGACGCCCACCUAUCGACACGGCGCCGGAGUGGCUGGUUACCAGAAAGGGUGGAGCUCGGAGCGGGUGCCUCUGCCAGCGAAUGGCAACCGGAGGUAUGCAGGAAGCGGCGUUCUCUUGCCAUUCGCCAAUGGGCGGACUUUGCCCUCAAAAUGGGAGGACGCGGAGCGGUGGAUCCUCAGCCCCGUCUCAGGCGAUGGGUAUGGGAGUUCGCUCAUGCCACCGUUGCAUCAUAGGCGACCCAAGUCGAAGAGUGGUCCUCUCGGAGCACCUGCUGUGAAAUCCGGUGUCUAUUCAUCAGCUUCGCCGCUGGUUCCUUGCUUCGACAGUGGUAGAGUUGGAAAUUUUACGGCGGCCUCACCGUUCUUGGCUGGAGUUUUGAUGCCGGAACACAGUUUUUCAGGCAAUGACGGUUGCGUGAGAGGAGGGAGUGCAAACAUAGGAGGAAUAGGAAGAGUUGAUGGUAGCAUCAGCGGAGGCAGCAGCUUGAGUGGUAAAGCUCGCUCUGCUGAUGAAGAGCCAUAUAUAGUCAGAUCCGCUAGUACUCGUAGGUUUUCUGAUACGGUGAUGGAAUCUUCUUCUGUUCCCUGUUCUCAAGAUUCAAUUACAGAUGAGCAAUUUGAAGGUACAAAAGAAGCAGCCUCCACAGUAUCAAUCUCAGUUUUUAGGAAGGAUGUUGCGACACAGAUGAGCCCAGAGAGAAGUCCUCCAUCCUCUCCCAAAGAGAUUCAUUUUUCCCCUUCUACUUCAACUCCUCCCCUUGAACUAGAGAACCAUUUCUCAAAAUUUGAGGUUCGGGACGUGCAAGUAGAUGAUCGGGUUACCGUAACUAGAUGGUCCAAAAAACACAUAUCACGAGGGUCUGAUAGGCGUUCAUCAAGCAUUAUAGAAUGGAAGAAAAAGACAGUAGAGGCAAAUACUUCUGCUUGGGGAGUUGCUGAGACAGCAAAGUCCAUGUCAAAAAGAGAAGAAGCCAAGAUCACAGCGUGGGAGAACUUACAGGAAGCGAAAGCUGAAACAGAGAUUAGGAAAUUAGAGAUGAAGCUAGAAAAGAAAAGAUCUUCCUCUAUGGAGAAAAUUCUGAACAAACUUAGAUCAGCUCAGAAGAAAGCAGAGGAAAUGCGAAGUGCAGUGGCUGACAGAAAAACCAACCAGGUAGCAGUGAAGGCUAAAAGGACUCCAUUCUUCUGCAAGAGUUACCGUAUUAGUUACCUUAGUGGUUGCUUUGCUUGCCAUACUUGCUAGCCCUCCCACUGUAUUCUCAACCUCACUAAGAUCAGGCCUUCAGCAAUCGCGGAUCUUGCACCGCAUGCUUUGAUUUGGGAGGGCAUGGAUUGGUAUUCCUUCUCAGCUCACUAUGUCGCUGUGUUUUUUGGUAUGGUUCGAUGAGUUGGACUAUGAACAAACAGCACGGUAACACUUAUGCCCCCUCCGAUUGAUUGUGAUCUUCCUGUUUGACUCUGGGUAUCAGCAAAGACUGUUUUGGUAAUCUUAGAAUCAUUUACAAAAGAGGCUUCUGCUUGUAUGUGAUGCAAAUUUGUCUGCGAUAUCAAAAGGAACACCGACAUGGAUGUCAAGGUUCUAUGUUAUUUUCGUCGAACACAUCCAGUCAUAAGGAUUAGUAUCUUUUAUAUAUGUUUAUUGUUGCAAACGUUCCUUGUAACAAAAUUAUCUCUUUGUUCUUUUGAUGUGCUAUCUUAAAAGUUGCUUAUGAUA